AUGGGUUUCGUCUACGAUCCGGAAGCCCAGCUCCCACAGAUAUUCCCCGACGAGGCAGCGCUUCAAAAUAUAGACGCGGUUUUGGAUCACGUGGCCCGUUACAAGCAGGCGGCGCACGUGAAGCUUCACGACCAGCUUCUCCAGUAUAAGGCGCCAAUUGACGUGGCCACAGACGUGGCAGAGUUGGCUGCAAAUUUGGCUCGCGUCAGAAACGACGCCCAGCAUACCCAUGCAAGCAUUCUCGAAGUCACUCUGCAGAUCCAGAAGUUGGACACCAUGAAAACAAACUUGGUGCUCUCAAUGAAUGUGCUCAAACGGCUCCAAAUGUUGCUCAAAGCGUACGACUCGUUGUGUGAGGUGGCGCAAUCGCACGACUACAAGGAGAUCUCGGCGUAUCUCGGCGCCGUGCGGGGCCUCAUGGAGUAUUUCCGCCCGUACAAGUCCAUAGAGGAAAUCGCGGCCUUAUACCGGCGAAUCCACCAAACACAGAAGAAACUAGUGGACGACGUGUUCAUUGAUUUCGAGGACUCGUUCACCAACCACUUCACCAACGACCAGCUCUGCUAUGGCUGCGAGAUUUUGGAGACGGCAGACGCCAAGUACAAAGACAAGCUCCUUACGUGGUUUUACAAUCUCCAGUUGAAAGAGAUCCAGUCGAUAUUCGGUGCGUCUGGCGAGGCGGGCAGCUUGGAAAACGUGGCCAGGAGGUACAUGUUCUUCACAAACGUGCUUGCCAACAUACGCAGCAACUAUCUCCAUGCAUUCCCCCCACUGUGGGGCGUGGACAUGGAGCUCAGCAAGCUUUUCUGCAAGAUGACGCACCAGGAAAUUGCCGCCAAGCUCAGCUCUGGCCUGGUGCCCGCAGCGGUGAUCUUGGAUGCGUUGACUGCGACGCUAGCGUUCGAAAAAGAGCUCAACGAGGCUUUCAAAACCACCGACUUCCUGCGCAUGGUUCUGGCACUGUUCGAGCCGUAUUUGAUCACGUGGGUGAGGGACCAGGACGACUCGAUCCGCGGCAAGUUCAUGGAGUUGCACCUGCGGGUCAAAGUGCCCGAGGAAAUCGCCAGUGCGCAGACUUUCGAAGAGCUCAUCCACACUUUGCAGGUCAACAACGUACCAAACUUUGCCGAGUCUUCUUCCGAACUCUUCAAGAUAUUCCAGAAGUCCUUGGGCCUGACCAUAAAGCUUUCUUCCGGCGAAAUUUUGCUUGAACUAGCGCACGUUUUCGCCAAGUACCUCCAGGAAUACCACCAUUCACUUCUAUUGCCGGUGUUGAAUUCAGCUUGCGAGCACCCGCAAGGGAUCGAGCCCAUCAAGUACUUGACCAUGCUUUUCAACACGGCCGAUUAUGUCAUCAAAAACACCAACGACUUGCAGGACCGAAUCCACAAGUUGAUCGACAAGCCGUUCAAGGAGCAGGUCACCUUCGACAUCGAGAGGUCUCUAUUUUUCGAGUUGAUCAGCAAAGCCAUCCGCGCAUUGGUGUCCAAAGUGAGCUCGGAUCUCAGCUUCUCCUGGCGCCAGUUUGAAAACAACAGCUGGGGCUCUCUCGAGGCUGUUUCUGACACGUCACAUUACAUGGAAGAGUUUGUGGACUCGCUCACGCAAAACCACCGUGUAAUCUGCCCGCUUAUUAUACGGGAAGGCUAUGUAAGGAACUACGCCGACAAACUUGUGGAGGCCGUUGUCGCGGAUUUCAUGUCAAGGCUCGGUCUGGUGAAGCCGCUCAGUAUCGUUGCAAUCGAGCAAAUCUUGCUCGAUGUUUCGGUGCUCAAGAAUUUUUUCAAAUCGCUCCUUUUGUUUUCUGACGCAAGCUUUGAUAUCAGAAAGCCGCCAGAAGACGCAGAUGCCAAAGUUCCAAAGGCUUAUCUUCGUCAUUUGAACUCGCAGUUCACCAAGCUUGAACUGCUACUCAAGCUUUUGCUCACGCCAACUUUGCCCAUUGACAACAUAGUGGAAAGUUACUUCAGCAUCAUAGGAGACAAGUCUCUUCAAAACUUCCAGACUAUUUUGGGGUUGAAAACCAUCCCUUUGAACGAGCAGCCCAAGUACAUGGAGAAUUUCAAAUUGCAAGUGCUUUCCAGAGACAGCUUAGUCGAAGAAUCCCCCAUAAUGAGUGUAUUUCAUGAAGCGGCUGCGCAAAAGGAAUCCGCACAUCCCUCAUCACAACUGCGCCCACCGCCAGUUGAUAUCAAAGCGUUGGCGAUUAGCAAGUCGCCCGAGCCCCAUAUCCCCGACUUUUUGAAGAGCAACCCUGCCAAAAUGCAAGCUCUCAAGCUCAACAAUGCAUUGAAGGACUUUUCUCUCAAUGGAGAGAGCCAUGUGAACAAGUUUAAUGAAAACUUCAAGAAUUUCGGGAAGUUUUUCCGCAAGGACGGCGAUACCGAUGCAAAACCAUAG